UUCCUCGUUAACGCACUUUAUGGUUAACUUUGGUCCUAAAAGACGUUUAAAUCUGUUUCCUGCUUCGACAAAGAACCGACUGUCGGUCCCGUUCGGAUAAAUGUCGGCUCGGGGCGAUGCUAGCGAGCUAGCUAGCUUCACCGCCGACAUGGCUCAGGUUCCUCCUCCGGGAUCGGUCGUAGUGUCGGACUGGCAUCGAUGCAAAGACAGCAAAGAGUACUUCAGCAAAGUCCUGCACAAGAAGAGACGCAAGAACUUUGGCCUCCUGGAGUCUCCGGUGAUGCCCCCGCACGUAGCCGUGGACACGGUUCAUUAUAAGAUCUUUAUCUCUGGGAAGAGCGGAGUCGGAAAAACUGCUCUCGCUGCUCGUCUUGCAGGCCUGAAUAUUCCCAACAUGCACCACGAGACCACAGGCAUUGAGACGACGGUGGUGUAUUGGCCGGUGAAGCUGAGAGAAAGUGGCAGAGUUCUGUUCUUCCGGCUGCAGCUGUGGGACUGUGGGGAGAACGCCCUACGCAGAUUUGACCACUUGCUUCCAUCCUGUAAGGAGCAGGUGGACGCCGUCCUCUUCCUGUUCUCCUUCACUGACCGCACAUCCUUCGAUGAUCUGUCAAAUCAAAUUGCUAAAUGGACUGAGUCAUCUGUGGGUCGUGUUGUGAAACUGGUGGUUGGCACCAAAUUCGACCUUUUCAUGCACUGCGAUGUGUCACAGAGAGACGUGAGGGACUUCCAGGAGACGUGGAGCCUGCCGGUGCUGCGUACCGGAGGGGAGGUCAGCGACGGGCUCGGCGACGUCGCCCCCCUCCUCAACUGUCUGUCAGAGAACCUGUGGCAUCAAGACUGCGUUACAGCCGGACCAGCCGGCCAGCGCUCCCAGCAGGAGACGGUGACUGUGCUUUAACACAAGAAGGUGGACUGGAGGUCACUGCUGCUGGAGGAGGUCCAGAUGGUUCGACUGCACUAACAGGGAAACCCCAAACUUCAUGAGAUUGAGCUUUAUUCUGAAAUGUCUGAAGUUCUCUCACAUUAAGUUGAUUGUAUUUAUAUUAACAUGCAUUCCUGGUAGGGCCUCUGGUCAACAUUAGGAUCCUUUAAUUAUAACUGUUAGAAAUCUUGUGUAUUUAUAUCCUCGAAAAGAAAAGUUUGUGCUUUUGUGACACUGAGUCUGUAUGUGAACACAUAAUGACUGAACCCAACAGGUGCCUUUUUCUACCAUUUAGGAGCAACACUCAGACAUGUCUGUGCUUAGAGGUGGCAUCAAGUCUUUUUUCAAAUGUUCCACAGCAAAAAGAACAAGUUGCCUCGUUAGUUUUUAGUCUGUUGAGACUCAUUUAGGCAGAUUAGAAAUGAAGGAGCACAUGAAGGACACUUUGCUUAAAAGAAUUCAGUGUUUUAUUACAAUAAUAAAUGUAAAUUAUUUUCAUUAAUAAAAACAGAUAUCCUUUAUAUACA